UCUCCACCGCAGCCUCCCCACCAUGGCCGCAUCCCCCCCGCCCCCGGAGUGCCCGGCCGAGGUGACCCCCUCCUCAUCCCCCUCCUCCUCCUCCUCCUCGCCGUGCCGUUACACGCUCUCCGAGCACCCCCCGGCCGCGCUGGCCGCCAUGAACGAGCUCCGCCUGCAAGGGCAGCUGUGCGAUGUCACCCUGCGCGUCCGGCACCGCCGGGACCUGCCGCCCACCGAGCUGCGGGCGCACCGGGUGGUGCUGGCGGCCGCCAGCCCGGUGUUCCGGGCCAUGUUCACGGGCGGGCUGCGCGAACGGGGCCUGGCCGAGGUGCCCAUCGAGGGCGUGCAGCCGCGGGCCAUGGAGCGCCUGGUGGAGUUCGCCUACACGGCGGCCGUGGCCGUGGGGGAGCGCUGCGUGCUGCCGCUGCUGCACGGGGCGCUGAUGUACCAGGUGGACGCCGUGGUGGGGGCCUGCUGCGCUUUCCUGGGGGGGCAGCUGCACCCCAGCAACGCCAUCGGCAUCGCCGCGCUGGCCGAGCGCCUGGGCUGCCUGGAGCUGCUGCAGAGGGCCCGGGAGUACAUCUACAUGAACUUUGCUGAGGUCUCCAAGCAGGAGGAGUUCCUCUCCCUCUCCCACUGCCAGCUGGCCGCCCUGCUGAGCCGCGACGAGCUGAACGUGCGCUGCGAGUCCGAGGUGUUCCAGGCGUGCGUGGCCUGGGUGCAGCAGGACCGCGCCGCCCGCGCCCCGUUCCUGCCGGCGCUGCUCCGCGCCGUGCGCUGCCACGCGCUCACGCCGCGCUUCCUCCGCGCCCAGCUCCGCCGCGACCUCGGCCGCGACGCCCUGCGCUACCUGGCCCGGGUGUUCCGUGAGCUGUCCCUGCACAGACCCUCCGGAGACCACCCCCCCGGCAGGACCCCCAGGGUCAGGCAGAUGAUUUACGCCGCCGGGGGUUACCUGAGGAGGUCGCUGAGCGCCUUGGAGGCGUUGGACCCCGAGGGAGGGCGGUGGGUGAGGUUGGCGGAGAUGGAGACGCCGCGCUCGGGGUUGGGGGGAUGCGUGGUCGGGGGGCUUUUUUACGCCGUGGGGGGUAGGAAUAACUCGGCGGAGGGGAACACGGACUCGGCGGCCGUGGAUUGCUACAACCCCGUGAGCGGGCGCUGGUCGCCCUGCGCGCCCAUGAGCGUGCCCAGGAACAGGAUCGGGGUGGGAGUCAUCGACGGGCUCAUCUACGCCGUGGGGGGGUCGCACGGCUGCACCCACCACUGCUCCGUGGAGAGGUGA